AGUCACUCAAAAGCGAUCGUGCACCGCCCCGGCCUUUUUCCCUCUUCCUCUCUUUCUCUCUCGCAUCGUCCCCUCACUCUCCCAAAGCUCUCGAUUUGAUCCAUUUCCGCCAUUAAUCUCGAUCUUUGAGCUCCAUGGAGAGAUUCCAUGGCCAGAACUUGUGAUCCCCCUUGAGCAAUUCCACUUUUUUAGGGCCUGGUUUGUGUAUCUUUUAACUGGUUUUGUCUUUGCGGGGGUUUGAAAUUUCGAGCUCGGAGUUUGGGGGGCAAGAUGGAGGGUUUCAUGUUCUCCACGCCCAUGAUCAUUUCUCCAGUUAAUGUGGAAGCUCAUUUAGGUGAUGUUGAGGAGAUGAUAGAAAAUUCUGUGUCAAGGGAGUAUUUUGUCCCUGAUCGUGAACCAAUACUGGAGCCAUAUGAAGGGAUGGAGUUUGAAUCUGAGGAGGCUGCUAGAACAUUCUAUACUACCUAUGCUGCUCAGACUGGCUUCAAAGCUCGUGUUAGCUCAUUCAUUCGUUCGAAACGUGACAAGACAAUUAUUUCCCGUCAACUUGUGUGUUCUAGAGAAGGUUUCCGUUCAACUAAAGAUCCGUGUGAUGAAAGCAGAACCAAGAGGCCCCGAAUGAUAACUAGAGUGGGAUGUAGAGCGAUGAUUAUGGUGAAGAAACAAAGCUCUGGGAAAUGGGUGGUUUCAAAAUGUGAAAAGGUUCAUAAUCAUGUUCUUGGUACACGAGGGAACGUGGUCAUGUUAGAUUAUGACCCUUAUGCACGUGAGGAUGAAGAAAUGAUAGAAAAUCCACUUGGAAGGGACUCUAUUUUGCAUGAAGGAGUAGGGAAUGGGCUUGAAAUGGUGGUUAUUCCACCUGAAGGAGAACCGGGGCUUGAGCCACAGGUUGGAAUGGAGUUUGAGUCUGAAAAGGAUGCACAAUCAUUCUACAAGGAAUAUGCCAGGCAUGUAGGUUUUAGGGCACGAGUCAGCUCAUACUAUCGAUCAAAGCGGGACAAUUCAAUAAUUUCUCGCUUGAUGGUAUGUUCCAAAGAAGGAUUUCGUGCGAAGAAAGAAGAAGGUGUCGAAGAACGGCUUCAACGCCCUAGAGCUAUUACGAGGGUUGGUUGCAAAGCUAUGCUAAUGGUGAAAAAGAGAAAUUCAGGUAAAUGGGUUGUUUCCAAACUGGUAAAAAAUCAUAAUCAUAUGCUGACUCCAAGAACAGCAUCAGAUGAUGAGCGAUCUGAAGCUGAGGAUGAAGAUGUUGUGGAAAUUGAGAAGGCAUUAGAUGUGCAUGAAGGAGAUGCAGUUUCAGAACCGCACGAAGGCAUGGAAUUCGAGUCUGAAGAGACAGCAAAGAUAUUUUACUUUGCAUAUUCGAGGAGAGUGGGCUUUAACAUGCGUGUUAGUACAUACUACCGUUCAAAAAGAGACAGAUCUAUCAUAUCUCGGCUGUUUGUAUGCUCUAAAGAGGGAUUCUAUGUGAAGAAAGAUGCAGGUGAUGAAGGGAAGAUUAAGAGGCCUCGAGAAGCAACAAGGGUUGGUUGUAGAGCCAUGCUGAUGGUGAAGAAAAAUAAUUCAGGUAAAUGGGUUGUUUCAAAAUUUGAAAAGGAGCAUAAUCAUCCACUAGGAUUUUUAAGAAAAUCACGAAAAUUGCGUAAAAGAAACCACCUUGGUGCUAAUGCCAACACACAAAAGGACCAGAUUGAAAUGCAAAAAAUUGGUGAGGAAUCUCCAAUCUCAAGAUACAACAAUCUUUUUCGUGAAGCCAUUAAAUAUGCAGAAGUUGGAGCAACUUCUGAAGAUGUCUAUAAUGUUGCCAUGCGUGCUCUUCGAGAUGCUGUGAAGAAGGUUACUGCUAUCAAGAAAAAUGUUGCAGUUCCCAAAAAAGGGAUGCUUGCCAAUGCAGAUAAUCUGGAGGUUGGUGACCACACGGAUGAUCAAGUUCAAGGCGCUUCACCUCUUAUUCAAAAUUCCCAAAUGAGAACACAGCCUUCAAAUCCUCUUCCAAAGUUAAGCCAAGAUAAACUAACUCAAAGGUUGAGAAAAUGCAAUACAUGCAAGCAGCCUAAUGAUAAUACUAGCAGAAAUUGUCCAACAAAACAGGUUACAAUCUCCAUUUGCCUGAGCGGGUGAAUGUUGUUCAAAAUGCACCCAUAAACAUAUCCUCUGAUGAACCAGUUGGUCAGCUACUCAAGGAUGUAGAUCAAUAGCAUCACCAGCAACUGUAGCAGAUGGUAUGCAUUUAAUACAACUGAGACCAAAAUGUCUGUACAUGGGUCAAAUGUCAGCCUGUAUUCAUGAACUAGUCUGUUAUGGUUGCAGAGCUGACUGAACCCUGUUAAAAUGGCGGUCAAAUUAGCUUUUGGUGCACCUCUGUAAAUAUGUGAAGGUGAUAUUCUUAUUUCAUAAGGCCAGUGACUUUAGAGAAUUUUUCUUCCUUUUAUGUUUAUUAGAUUAUCUUAAAUUCUCCAAGUUGAUUGUUUGAGUUUGAAAGUCGUAGAAGGAUGACCAAUCCAUUUGUAUUCUUUGCAAUUAUGAGAAUUUCCAUUACAAAUUUGCUUUCACAUGUCAAAAGGCCUCUUUUACGAUCCAUAACAAAAUCUAUAUUACUGCUAAUUAAUUAUGACUGUAUCCACCUUGAAUAAAACUCUCUAGCCUGAACCAAAAGUUCUACGUUACAAUGACUGCCAUUGACAUUCAAUUAUUGAUUUCAUCAUGGAAAAACUGCAAGAGUGCUAAUUCAAUUCGCAUUACUGUAGAAGGUUCAUGGGCCUUUGUUUCUCUUACUCCAAAUUCUUUUUCUAAAUUCUUUUAAUUACAAGUUAGAAACUUGGGAAUCAGAAUAGGAAACAUUAAGCCCCUGUUUGGAUGACACUAAAUUUUAUAAGAACGGUGUUCAUUCCUAUGGAAUUUAGUAUUACAUAGGAAAUUGUAGAAAUGGGUGUUUGGACAUUCUUUUUAUAGGGUAAAAUUACUAUGAAAACAUAGGAUUCCAUAGAAAUUUUUUAAAGUGGUGGGAACCAAAAUAUUUUGGUUCCUUUGUUUUUCGGGUUGGGGGUUGGGUUGCCAUUGUGUGCUUGGGCCAUUUGGAGAAAGGAAAGGGGUAGGGCGUUUGGGGCUGGCCGCCAAGCCUCCGGUUACGGCACCUCCGGUCACCACACGCCUCCAGUCGCCUCCGGUCACCACGCCUCCGCCACCACGCUUUGAUUAGUGGACUGGUAUGGUUUCCUUUGCUUCUCUAAAUCCUAGUUUUUUUCUCUGCUUCUCUGAAUCCUAGUUUUUUUUUCUCUUUGAUCCGUUUCUUCCUUUUCUCAAUCAAAGAUCUCAACUUUUCAUUUCAAAUUUGUAAAAAAAUCCAAUUUUUUUUUCCCUUUUGUAUAAUCAAAGGCAUCAGAUUCUGAGAAAUGAGUAGCAUGAGGUUGGCAUGGAAGAUUUUUGUUUGUCUCUAUGAGGCUGCUUAAAGUACGUGGGACAGUCAAGGAUGCUCGGAAGUCUGUAGAGUAAGUAAUUUGUUGAGUUAGCUUGAAAGAAGAAAGGUAUAUUUGCUGUAUUCAGUAUCUCCUUUCUCUCAUGCUAUAUGUAAGAUAAAGAAGACAUCCUUAUACCAUAGGCCACUGUUUUUACGGCGCAACAUUGAUCAUUUCCAGUGAGUUAGUAAUCCAUCUUUGUGUUGUCCCCUGUAUAUAAACUUGGUUAUUGUUUUAUUUGGCAUAGUUUUGAUAACAUUAGCACAUCAGCAGUUGCAGGUUCUUCAAUAUAUUUUGUGUAAUGUUUGUUUCUUAAGUCUUUGGUGUGAUAAUAAU